AUGAGUGAAGAGCAUAUGUUAGAAUCCUUCCCAUCCUCAGGACGUGCGGAUGGGGAUAUCGAGGAACCGGACGACUUUGCACGCCCACAUCGCAGACCACCCAAUGCACUCCUCUAUGCUAUCUUUGUCGGGUGUUUCAUCGCCAGUGCGGACGAGGCGCUGAUGAUUUCGACCUACACCUCAAUCGCCUCCGAGUUCCAGCAGCUCACCCUGGGAUCCUGGCUAUUAGUCGCGUACAAUUGCGGAAGUUGUGUUGCAUGCCCUGUGAUUGGCGCUCUGUGUGACAUUUACGGUCGCAAGAAGACACUGUUGGGCUCGUAUGGUGUUUUCAUUACCGGUAGCUUUCUAUGCGGUGUCAGCAGCUCUCUGGUUACGUUAGCCGGGUCGAGGGUGAUUGCUGGCGUGGGCGGCGCUGGAAUGGUCGCAAUGACCUCCGUCAUAAUCACAGAUUUGAUCCCACCACAUGAGGUGGCAUUGUAUGACGGCUAUUCGAGUAGUAUCAAUAUGCUUGGCCGCAGCAUCGGUCCUCCCCUCGGUGGGUUUCUGACGCAGACAGUCGGCUGGCGAUUGUCGUUUUUGGGUCAGAUCCCCUUCGCCGUGUUGUGUCUUACUGUGCACCAAGAGCCCAAGGAGUCACACAGAAAGGACAUUGAUUUCCCUGGUAUGCUGAUCCUGACAUUUAUGAUUGUGGCUUUGAGCGCUCUGGUAGAGUAUGUGACUGCGCCUGAUGCAGAGGGUCAGAAUGCACUGGUCAUUUUCUUUCUCUUGGUGGCUACCCUAGUCGCCGGUGUUGGGUUCGCUAUUGUGGAGGGAUUCUACGCAACGAAUCCGCUGCUACCGGUGCAUCUAAUGAAAGGACCCUUCGGGGCUUGGUGUCUGAUGGAGCUUCUGAUUUACAUUGGGCGUGGCGCGCUCCUGACGCACCUGACUCCGUAUCUCAUUCGUGUAGAGGGCUGGAGCGAUGCUUGGGCAUCUUUUGCGUUUGUUGGAAAUGUCCUGGGUAUCGCAUCUGGAGGACUUGCGGCUGGAUACGCGAUAAAACGAUACAAGCGAUAUCGCAAACUCGGGAUAGUCUCUCACGCUCUCACCACUCUUGCCUAUCUUCUCAUUCUUAUUGGGUGGCGCAAUGGCAGCACGAUCUGGCAAGCCGGUCUGCCCUCACUGCUGGGUCUGGGAACCGGGCUCAUGUACACCGUCAAUUUCAUCGGCUUGACCACCACCUCGCCGAAAGAAAGCAUGCCCGCGUGUAUUGGUACGAUUGAACUUUGUGAGUCGCUCGGGUUUAUUGUGGGUCCUGCCAUUAGCACUGCAAUGAUCCAGAAGGUCUUUGCACAUAAUCUUGCGAUGACCAUGCCUAAGGUACCAGGCCUGUCCGAAACAAUCCAUCGCAUUCUCAAUGACGCGCGCCUUUCCUUUACCCUUGGCGAUACCAUCCAGCAGAUCGUGCGGACCAGCUACCUGCAGGCUUUCCAAUAUGUACCACUCUUGGCCACUGUUUGUAGCGGAACAGCGUUGGCUAUGUUCAUGCGCACCAACACUGGCGACCUGGUGGAAUAA